CAACUUCAACAACAAGUGUGUUGUUGACGGUUGUGUGAGGACGAUUUAAUGCUUGACAGAGGUAAAACUGUGAUUUGCUCGUUGUGAACAAGUCUGAAGAUGGAAGGUCCGCAGGGCGCCGAGACCCCCACGGCUCGUUCCGAUUAUGACGACGAGGAGAAAACGGUGACAAGCUCUGAAAAGGGUAGUGCUUUGCGGGAAGACGGUGAAAGUGCCGAGGACAAGGAAGUUCUUGCCGCUCCUCCCACUAUAGAACUCAAUCAGUACAGCGAGCAGGACAUUGAAACUUUGACAAAAAAAAUAAAGCGCUGCACAACGCUUUUUGAUCUGGAGGAAGAAGAUUGGACUGAUGAAGUCUACACUGUCAUACGAGAGUACUUUGAACUACCUGGAACCGAAGUUCUUAGUAUUUAUUUCAAUGAUCUAAAACUGGAAGCAACACUUACUAUUCCUAUGUCACCUAUUCGUGAUUUGACUUACUUCAUCAAGGAUGCUGACAAGAUUGUGUCUGUUGAAAAUUUCCAUGACAUUGUCAUGUUUGGUACUCUUGACACAACAGUUGAGGGUUCCCUGUUAGCUGUUUUAGAAAACGUUUAUGCCCCUGUUUUUUUCAAUGCCACAUCAUGGCCUGAUAGUGUAAAAAGUGACUUCUGCUCCCAAAUGCACAGUUUCCUCGGAAAUUUGACUGAUUUAAGACAUAAAAUGUUAGCUGUUACUGUUAUAUAUGUGCCUAAGGAAGGUCUAAAUGUUGAUGUUGACGAGGCCCAACAUGACAAGGAGCUUAUUAAGCGAUUAGAAGGAGUUGUGGUUCACUGGAUGAAGCAAAUUCGAGUUGCUUUGGGAGACAAAGACCAGUCAACUAUCAAUGAGCUCCUUUGCCCAAAGGAUGAAUUUUCAUUUUGGGCUUACAGAUAUGAAAAUUUAAGAGGCUUGCAGCACCAACUGGAAAAUAAGGAUUUGAAACAUAUUUGCAACAUCCUAAAUGCUUCUCAGUCUGCCUAUAUUAGUAAUUUCUACCAACUUCAGGAUGAAAUAAAGGAAGCUCUCUUUGAAGCAAAAUCAAAUGUUGAGUAUUUACAUCUUCUGAUGGAGCCUUGCAACCAGCUUGAAGAUGUUCAGUCAGUUUCUGAAAUCCCUGAACGGAUCCCUGACAUUCUAAGCCUUUUUCGUGUAAUAUGGAAUAAUUCACCUUACUACAAUACCACAUCCCGUUUGACUGUAAUAUGCAGGGCACUUAGUAAUCAAAUAAUACUUCAGUGUGGGUCAACUGUUGAUUUGGAUGAUAUCUUACAUGGUGGUCACACACACUCUGGAAUAAAGACAUUAAAUAAUUGUAUUACUUGUUGUGAGCAAUAUAAGAUGCUCUAUGACAAGAUAGCCGGUGCUCAUUUAAGGCUAAAGAAAAUGUCUUGGGAUUUGGACCGCCCUACUAUUUUCAACCACGUGGACUCCUUUGUUCAAAGAUGCAGAGAUAUGAUUGAUGUUUGUGAAGCCAUGAUAGUUUUCGGAAGGGUUGAUGAGACAGAAGAAAUAGCAAAGCCUCAAUUUUUUGGUACACGAGGCCCUGAAUUUGAAAGAAUUUGUGACAAAAUUGAACAAAAUUUCUUUAGUGCUUUGCAAGACAUUAAAGAUGUGCAACAUACAAUUUUGGAUGUCCAAGCGUCUACGUGGUACGACAGUAUAUUUAGGUUCCGGAAAAGAGUCAGAGACAUUGAGAUUAUCGUAGACAACCUAGUCGCUGCUGCAUUUGAAAAUGUUAGGAAUGUAGAAGAAGGAAUAGAUGUCCUUUGGGCCACAUAUCAAUAUGCCAAGAGGCCAAAUCUUAAGGACCUGUUUGAGAAGAAAACAUACCAAGUGUAUGACUCAUUUAGCAAUGCUUUGCUCAAAAUGAAGACUAUGUUAGUUUCUGAAAAAGAAAAGCACCCCGUAGUAAUGGCCAGCUACUCAGGGAGAGCAAUGAUGGCCCUCAUGAAGAAAAGGGAACUGCUCAAAAUAAUUGAUAGACUCAAUGAUGCCGAGUGGAUGCUCCUUUCUGGGAAAGGCGAAGAAGUACGAUCUCAGUAUAAAAAGAUCUCAGUAUCUGUUGAUGAAUAUGUAAAGGAUCUACAUCGAAGGUGGCUGGUUGCCUUGGAUGAUGAUGUGUCCAAACUUUUGAAUCGUAAGCUGUUGGUUCCCAGCACCUCCAGACCGGGAUUAUUGGAGCCUAACUUUGAUAGACGAAUACAAAGCAUUGUUCAAGAGGCUUGGUACUGGACAGAUAUGAGUAUGUCUGUCCCUACAUCUGUUCAACACUUGGCAAACCGCUGGAAAAGUUUAAGUUUCCUGUAUGAAAGUGUUCUCACAGUUGCCUUGGACUAUAAUCGCAUAAUUUCAUCUCUUUCUGAUGAAGAGCGCCUUCUUUUUCGUGAGCUGAUCAAAGGCUGUGAUAAAAAGAUAAAUCCAGGUUUGCAGCGAUAUACCUGGGACACAGAUAUUGCUGACAUCUAUAUUGUAGAAUGUCUCAGCUUCACAAGCAUGGUUCAAGAUGUAAUAGAUGAUUACAAAAGUUCUGUGCAAGAGAUUGUUCUUCUAUGUGAGCAAAUAUGUGAUUCUCCUCUUGUCAAGAUACCUCCUACUUCAGCAUAUGAAUUGGCAAAUCUUGACAAGCUCAUGUAUGAAUACAGAAAAGAGGUCACUAUUAAAAUAGUGCAAUAUUAUAAAGAUAUAAUUGAUUAUCUUUGGUUUGUGUCAGAUAAGUUUGAAGACCAUAUGAAUAAUAUGAUGGACCACUGGGCGAGGUUUGUCUCUAAAAUGGAUCUUCUAGUAGAAGAAGCUCUUCGACUUUGCUUCAAGAAUUCUUUACAAGUCAUGUAUGAAGUUCUUCAUGGCGAUGGCACAACUGGUCCAAGUCCAUUGAUAGUUUUACGAACAGAUCUACUAAAUAAUCAGAUUACAUUUGAGCCUACCCUUUUGGAAGUAGGGACCAUGGUUUCAAGAGUGCUUAGAAGUUUUUUGGACAGCUUAAAGGGAGUACCAAGACUCUGGGAGAGGUUUAAUACCAAAGUUGUCCAUCCAUCAUUUUAUCAAGUAAUUGAGAAUGAUGAGGAAUGCAAGAAACUCCAAGCUAGCUUGAACCAGGAAAUGACAACUACUGUUGAACAACUGAAAGAGCAUUUGACUCGGUGGGAACCAUUUAGAGACAUGUGGGAAGUAAACAAGGAUCAAUUUAUUGCCAGCUAUGAAAAAAUGAAUGCCCCUAUCAGCGAAUUCGAUUUAGCUAUUGCAAAAUAUUCAGCUACAGCAGAAAAUGUCCAGUUGCUUGAGACCACCUCCCAGGUCCAUUUCUUGCUCAUAAACUCAUCAGCAUUAAAGCAAGCUAUCAGUGAGCAUUGUACAAUGUUUAGCACUUUGGUUUCUACAUUGUUGAGGAAACUAGCCAAUGAAAAAAUAACAAACAUUUACAAGUACACAUCUGAAAAUGGAUCGAAAAUAAAUGAAGAGCCCAAAAAUUUAAAAGAUCUGCAGGAAUCACUGGCUUUAUAUGAUCGACUUGUUUCUGAAGUUCCAGUGAAGGAAAAAGAAUUUCCUAUUAUAAGAGGUCAAAUGGCUGUUUUGAGGAAUUACGACGUUGAAAUCCCUCAGGAUAUGCAGGAAUUGGAGCAAGGUUUAGACCAACGCUGGCAGUGGUAUCUAGAUCUUCUGAAAUCAGGAGAGGAAAUGCUGGCAACAUCAAAGGAUGUAUUCCAGAAGGGACUGCUCAAGGAUGCUGAUGAUCUAAAGUACAGAAUCCAUGAAUUGUACUUAGACUUUGUAGACAAUGGUCCCUACACCUCCAAGUGGAAGGCUCUUGAUGCUCUUGCAUACAUAAAGAAUACAAAGGGUAUGUUAGAAACUCUAAAAAAGGAUGAGGCUCAGAUUCGAGCAGAUUUGGCUAUUUUUCAUAUAACCUACCCAGAUAGCGUAGAUCUUGACAAGCUGAAUAAGGAUCUUUUAGCCUUGGAAGUUAUCUGGAUAAUCACUGACAGAUGGGACAAGGCUUGGGAUUCUUACAAACAUGCAAUGUUUUUGGAAAUGCAGUCUGAUGAGAUGGAUGGCACAGCUCAAAUGCUCCUCCGUCAAUUGCUCGUGGUGCAGCGGGAAUUAAAAGACAUUGAAUGGGAAAUAAUUUCUCACACACGUAAUAGGAUUGAGACUUUCCGCAAAACAUUGCCUUUGCUCACAGAUCUUAAGAAUCCAGCGAUGAGACAGCGCCAUUGGAAUAGGAUUAAAAUGGCAACUGGCAGAGACUUUGAUCAGGAAUCUGCUGACUUUACCUUAGAAAAAAUUAUUGAUAUGGAAAUGCAGACCUUCUCUGAAACAAUUAACAUCAUCUCUUAUGCUGCUACAAUGGAGCUUAACAUUGAAGAACAACUGAAAAAAAUCAGUCAAAUUUGGAAAGAAACUAACUUAGAAAUGCAUGCUCACAUGAGAAUGAAAGGGGUCUAUUCCUUGAAAGCUGUGGACAAUGUAUUUCAGGCUUUAGAGGAACACCAAGUUGGCUUGUCAUCAAUGAAAUCAUCCAAAUAUGUUGAGCCCUUUGUCGAGAAAGUGGAUUUUUGGGAGAAAGCUCUCAGUCUUAUUUUAGAGGUAUUAGAAACAACUCUCACUGUUCAGCGCCAAUGGCUGUACUUAGAGAAUAUUUUCACGGGUGAAGACAUUAGGAAGCAACUGCCCACAGAAACUGAAGAUUUUAAUCAAUUGUCUGAGCUGUGGAUGGAAAUCACUGGAUUAAUGCACAGCGACACCAAUGCCAAGAAAGCUACUCAUCAUCCUGGGUUGUUGGAUAAAUUAAAUCAAAUUAAUUCUAAAUUUGAGUAUAUCCAGCGGGCUCUUGAAAAGUACCUGGAAACUAAGCGGCACAUAUUUCCUAGAUUCUAUUUCAUAUCUAAUGAAGACUUACUUGAAAUUCUAGCCAAUUCAAGGAAGCCAGAUUUAAUUCAGCCUCAUUUAAAGAAGUUGUUUUGUGCUAUAAAUAAGUUGAAAAUUGGCAGAGUAAAUCAAAGAUGGGAUUGUUUUGGAAUGUUUUCCCUUGAUGGUGAAUUUAUUCCUUUUUCAUCUCCUGUUGCUCUUGAUGGGUCAGUGGAGAUAUGGUUGUGUGCUGUAGAGGAGGAAAUGUUUAGGACAUUGCGGGAGGAAUUGAAGCAGUGCAGAAAUGCACUCAGGAAAAAUUUGACCAAACGAGAUAAAUGGAUUAAAGAAUGGCCAGGACAAUUGUGCAUAACAUCAAGUCAGAUACAAUGGACAUCGAGCUGCACUCGAACCUUAACACAUUGCAAAAUAUUGGAAAGUAAGAAACCAUUGAAGAAACUUCGCAAGAAAAUGGAUCAAGUUCUUUCAAAGUUCUCUGAAGCCAUUCGGGGAAACUUAACAAAGAUUCAGAGAUUAAAAAUUGUUGGCAUGGUCACAAUAGAAAUACAUGCAAGAGAUGUCAUUGACCAAAUGUACAAAGCAGGUUGCCAAGAUGUUCAGGCAUUUGACUGGUUGAAACAGCUGCGGUUCUAUUGGGACAAAGAGCGUGAUGAUUGUGUUGUCCGCCAAACUAAUACUUUCUUUGUGUAUGGUUAUGAGUACCUGGGCAAUUCUGAAAGGCUUGUUAUCACUCCUUUGACAGACAGGUGUUACAUCACCCUGACAACUGCUCUUCAUCUUCAUAGAGGUGGAAGUCCCAAAGGUCCAGCCGGAACAGGCAAAACUGAAACUGUAAAAGAUCUUGGGAAGGGAUUGGGUCUUUAUGUCAUUGUUAUAAAUUGUUCAGAAGGCCUUGAUUAUAAAAGCAUUGGAAAAAUGUUUUCUGGUUUAUCACAGACUGGAGCAUGGGGAUGCUUUGAUGAGUUCAAUCGCAUUAAUAUUGAAGUGCUUUCUGUUGUCGCCCAGCAAAUACUCUCUAUGUUAACUGCCUUGGCUGGUAAAAAUAAGCGAUUUGUGUUUGAAGGAAGUGAGAUCAGUAUGGUAGAAUCUUGUGGAAUCUUUAUCACAAUGAAUCCAGGCUAUGCUGGUCGCACUGAACUACCAGAUAACCUUAAGUCAAUGUUCAGGCCCAUAGCUAUGAUGGUACCUGAUAGUGCAAUGAUUGCAGAGAUCAUGCUCUUUGCUGAAGGCUUCAGAGAUACAAGGGUUCUUGCCAAGAAGGUCUACACGCUAUUUUCUCUUUCAAAGCAACAGCUAAGUAAACAAGAUCAUUAUGAAUGGGGCUUAAGGGGACUUGUGACUCUCAUCCGAUACGCAGGGAAAAAGAGAAGAACUAAUGCUCAUUUGCCUGAUGAGGAGGUUCUCUUAUUGUCAAUGAAAGAUAUGAACCUGGCAAAACUAUCCAAAGAUGAUGUACCAUUGUUUUUGGGUAUUUUAAAUGAUCUAUUCCCAGCUGUCGAUACUCCUCAAAUUGAUUACAACGAAUUCACCCAAGAAGUGAAAGCUGAACUUGAAGAUAAAAAACUACAGGUUACUGAGAUAGCUGUGCGGAAAGUCAUUCAGCUGUUUGAGACCAAGAAUUCUCGUCAUUCUGCUAUGCUUGUCGGAAAAACUGGGGCAGCUAAAUCAACAACUUGGAAAGUGUUGAAAGGUGCUCUUACCCGUUUAAACUUGAGUGGAAAAGCAAACUAUAACAAAAUUGAGGAGUUUCCUAUUAAUCCUAAGGCGUUAAAUUUGGCAGAACUUUACGGGGAGUUCAAUCUUGCCACAAGUGAAUGGAUGGAUGGUGUAAUUUCAAACAUCAUGCGAUCUAGUUGUGCAUCUGCCACAGCUGAUGAAAAGUGGGUCUUAUUUGAUGGACCUGUUGAUGCAGUUUGGAUUGAAAACAUGAAUAGUGUAAUGGAUGACAACAAAGUUUUAACUUUAGUAAAUAGCGAGCGAAUUACUAUGCCAGAUCAGGUGUCUUUACUUUUUGAAGUGGAGGACCUAGCUGAGGCAUCUCCUGCCACGGUGUCCCGAUGUGGAAUAGUUUACAAUGAUUAUAAGGAUUUUGGAUGGAAACCCUAUGUUGAUUCGUGGCUAGAGAGUCAAAAUAAAGACUUUGCCUCUCAGAUGAAAGAAUAUUUUGAACACUAUGUGAACCCUGUUCUUGAGUUCAAGAAACUGCACUGUAUUGAGCCAAUACCAGUUGCUGAGAUCAGUGCAAUAUCAACACUUUGUAACUUGCUUACCAUUCUGGCAACUGCUGAAAAUGGUGUAGAUCCAAAUGAUGAAGAAAACUUUGCUCCCAUGUCCAAGUUUUGGUUUUUAUUUUGUUUGGUGUGGUCUAUCUGUGCUGGUGUUGAUGAAUCUGGUCGCAAGAAACUGGAUAAUUUUGUUCGGGAAAUGGAGGGGGUUUUCCCUCUUAAAGACUCCAUCUAUGAAUAUUAUGUUGAUGUGAGAGCUCGUUCUCUAGCAAACUGGGAGGACAAGCUAUCUGAUAGCUGGAAAUUUAAUUCCUUCCUUCCCUUUUUCAAAAUUAUUGUCCCAACCGUGGAUACAAUUCGCUAUGAGUUUGUGAUAUCCCAUCUUCUGAGAGCUGGAUAUCGGCCUCUUCUUGUAGGACCAGUGGGCACAGGUAAAACAUCCACUGCUUCAACAGCACUUGAGGGCAUGGAUAACCAGAAAAUGUCCAUGCUUGUGAUCAAUAUGUCAGCUCAGACCACCUCUAAAAAUGUUCAAGAUAUGAUAGAAAGCCGCUUAGAGAAAAGAACUAAAGGAGUAUAUGUUCCUUCUGGAGGAAAAUCAAUGUUGACAUUUAUGGAUGAUCUAAACAUGCCUGCCAAAGAAGUAUAUGGUGCUCAGCCUCCUCUAGAACUCAUAAGACAAUGGAUUGACUAUGGAUUUUGGUAUGAUAGAAUGAAACAAGUUCGUACGUAUGUUAAAGAUAUAUUCCUUAUGGCUGCCAUGGGUCCUCCCGGUGGGGGAAGAAACACAAUAAGUAAUCGGCUACUAAGCCGGUUUAGCAUCAUAAACAUGACUUUCCCCUCUGAAAGUGCUGUCAUUCGAAUAUUUGGCACUAUGUUGAAUCAACAUUUAACAGAUUUUGAUGAACAGUUAAAACAGAUUGCUCCAAAUAUUACUCAGGCAACAGUGGACCUGUACCAUAGUGUUACACGUAAAAUGCUUCCAACUCCUGCUAAAAUGCACUACCUUUUUAAUUUAAGGGAUAUUUCAAAGGUCUUUCAAGGUUUGUUGCGUAGCCACAAAGACUAUCAGAACACCAAGACAGCUUUACUUAGAUUGUGGAUUCAUGAAUGCUUCCGCGUGUUUAGUGACCGCUUGAUUGAUGCCCAAGACCAAGAAUGGUUUUCUGACCAGAUCAAUGAAAUAUUAGGAAGGCACUUUGAAAUUACCUUCCACAGUGUUUGUCCAUCAAAGAAGUGUCCUGUCUUUGGUGAAUUCUGUAGCACAAAAAAUAUUUAUGAAGACUUGAAUAAUAUGGCUGAACUUCGUAAAUUUUUGAAUGACUUGUUAGACGAUUACAAUAUGAAGCCAGGCAUUGUUCCUCUUGAUCUUGUCCUAUUUCAAGAUGCCAUUGAGCAUGUUACUCGAAUUGCUCGUGUCCUUACUCAACCAAGAGGAAAUAUGCUGCUUGUGGGAGUCGGUGGAAGUGGACGGCAGUCCUUAUCAAAAAUUGCAACUCUGCUGUGCAAACUAACUGUCUUUAGAAUUGAGGUUACAAAGUACUAUAGACUUCAAGAAUUCAAAGAAGACAUGAAAAUGCUUUACAGUAUGGCAGGAGUGGAAGACAAACCAACAUGCUUCCUUUUCACUGAUACACAGGUUACAGAUGAAAGGUUUGUAGAAGUCAUCAAUAACAUUCUCAGCAGUGGAGAAGUUCCAAAUCUGUACAAGGCUGAUGAAUUUGAGGAGAUUAAAAAACGCCUUGAGGACACAAUCCGCAGGGAAAAAAUAUCACCAUCAACUGAAUCAAUAUAUAAUUUUCUCAUUGAUCGUGUGCGUGCAAAUCUUCAUGUUGUUCUAUGCUUAAGUCCGGUCGGAGAGGCAUUCAGGAACCGUCUUCGCCAGUAUCCAGCAUUAAUCAACUGCACUACUAUAGACUGGUUUGUGGAAUGGCCUCAAGAAGCACUGCUUGAAGUUGCUGACAAGUAUCUGAAAGGUGUUGAUCUACUUGUCUCAAUCACAGGAGCUCCCAUUGAAAGAGUGGUAGAAACAAUGAAAGACACACUUUUUGAAAAUCCACAGGACAAAAUGAGAGCAGCUUUGUCCUCCAUAUUUUCUACAGUCCACAGCUCUGUAUCCAACUAUUCAAAGAAAAUGUUGCUCGAGAUGAAGAGGUGUAAUUAUGUUACUCCUACCAAUUACCUGGAACUAGUUUCAGGGUACAAAACGAUGCUGAAAGAAAAGCGUGAAGAGCUGUCAAACUCUGCAAAUAAAUUACGAAAUGGGCUAAGUAAAAUUGAUGAGACUAGAGAAAAAGUGCAAGUUAUGACGGUGGAACUUGAGGUUGCCCAAGCUCAAGUGAUGGAAUCUCAGAAGCUUUGUGAAGACUAUCUCAAAAUAAUAUCCAAACAGCAGACGGAAGCUGAUCUACAACAAAAAGAAGUGGCAAUAAAAAAAUUAAAGAUUGGUGAAGAAGAGGUUGUUUGUAAGAGGCUUGCUGCAGUUGCCCAAGCAGAUCUUGACGAGGCUAUGCCAGCCUUAGAGGAGGCCAUGCGAGCCCUAGACGCUCUUAACAAAAAGGAUCUCACAGAAAUAAAAUCUUAUCCAAAGCCACCAUACAAAGUUGAGAUGGUCAUGGAGGCAGUUAUGAUUCUUAAAAAAGUCGAACCAACUUGGGCUGAGGCUAAGCGUCAAUUAGGUGAUGUUGAAUUUUUAAAUAAGUUGAGAGAUUUUGACAAAGAUCAUAUAUCAGACAGAGUUUUGAAAAAAGUGGGUACAUAUACUUCUCGAGAGGAGUUUGAGCCAGAAUCUGUUGGCUCUGUUUCUACAGCUGCUAAAAGUUUGUGUAUGUGGGUUCGAGCAAUUGAGAAGUACGCUAAAGUAUACAGAAUUGUUGCUCCUAAGAUUGAAAAACGAGAUUCUGCCCUUGCAUCACUCCGAGAAAAACAGGCAAUGCUUGCAGCUGCUGAAGCAAAACUUCAAGAGUUAGCUGAAACUUUAGAAAGGCUUCAGAUUGAAUAUGAGGAGAAGUUAAAACAAUCUGAGGAGUUAAGGGAAAAGGCAUCAUUGUUGGAGAUGAAAUUGGCACGUGCUAAAGACUUGGUUGAUGGUUUAGCAGAUGAGAGAGAUCGUUGGACUAAUACUGUGACAACUUUAGAUUAUCAGUUUGACUUACUACCUGGAGAUGUUUUGAUUGCCAUAGCAAGUGUAGCUUAUUUAGGACCAUUUGUCACAGUUUAUAGAGAAGAAUUGACAGAUAUUUGGAAGAAAUCUAUGUUGGAUGAAAAUGUGCCCAUGUCACCCGAUUGGACGUUGGUUGGAUUUCUGACAGACAAAACAACUGUACGAGAAUGGAACCUGCAGGGCUUGCCCACUGAUUUGUUCAGCACUGAAAAUGGUGUCAUUAUCACCCGGGCCAAUCGAUGGCCCCUCAUUAUUGAUCCGCAGUGCCAAGCCUGGCGCUGGAUAAAAAAUUUAGAAGGUUCUAAUGGAUUACAUGUACUUGAUUCUGGGCAGCCAAACUUUCUACAAGAAAUUGAAAAAGCGAUAGAGAUGGGAGAGCCUGUUCUGUUGCAAAAUGUUUUGGAAUCUCUUGAUCCAGCUAUUGAGCCAAUUCUUUCAAAGGCUUUGAUCCAAAAUGGAAAUGAGCUUCAGCUCAGGAUGGGGGAUCAUUGGGUACAUUACCAUCCAAGCUUUAAACUUUUCAUGACAACAAAACUUCCAAAUCCCCAUUAUGCUCCAGAAGUAUCAACCAAGACAACAAUUGUAAAUUGUGCUAUCAAAGAAGAAGGCCUUGAGGCCCAACUCUUAGGAAUAGUGGUACGAAAGGAAAAACCAGAAUUGGAGGAACAAAAGGAUCAAUUAAUGCUAACAAUAUCUGAGGGCAAUAAGACUCUGAAGUCUUUAGAAGAUGAGCUUCUGCGCUUGUUGAAUGAAAGUGAAGGUCCAUUACUAGACAACGAAGAAUUAUUCAGAACAUUAAAAAUAUCCAAAUUAACUUCAACAUCAGUCAAAGAAUCACUAGAAAUUUCUAGGGCUACAGAAGUUGAAAUUGAUCAAGCCAGAGAGGCUUAUCGUCUGUGUGCUCAGAGAGCUUCUAUUCUGUUCUUUGUGCUCAAUGAUCUCAGCCGUAUUGAUCCAAUGUAUCAGUUUUCUCUGGAAUCUUACAUUCAGUUGUUUACCUUAUCUACUGAGAAGAGUCCUAAGAGUAGUUUGAGGGAUGAUAGGAUUGUUUAUUUGAAUGACUAUCAUACUCAUGCAUUCUUCAAGAACACAUGCAGAGCUCUUUUUGAAAAACAUAAGCUGCUCUUUGCCUUCUACAUGUGUGUCAAAAUUCUGGAAGCUCAGAUGAAAAUGAGUCUUGUGGAGUACAACUAUUUCCUGAAAGGUGGAGUGGUCUUGGACAGAGCUACACAACCGGACAAUCCAUGUGUUUGGCUGGAUCCUGUCUGUUGGGACAAUGUCACUGAGUUAGACAAACUUCCUGGUUUCCAUGGGCUAGUUACAUCAUUUGAGCAAUUUAAUCGUGAUUGGCAUUCUUGGUACACAAUCCAAGAUCCUGAAAAUAAUGCUCUAAUAGGUGAAUGGCAAGAGCAAUGUACUGAAUUCCAAAGAAUUCUUAUCGUACGAGCCUUGAGACCAGACAGAGUGACGUUCUGUGUCUCCUCAUUCAUAGUAAAUACCCUUGGGCCGAAAUUUGUCGAUCCUCCAGUACUUGACAUCCGUGCUGUUUUUGAAGACUCGCGUCCCCAAGCCCCGUUGAUAUUCGUUUUAUCUCCGGGAGUGGAUCCUACUGCAGCGUUAUUGCAACUGGCAGAAAGCACUGAAAUGAUGAAUCAUUUCCAAUCUUUAUCACUUGGUCAGGGACAGGCUCCUAUUGCUACAAAACUUAUGGAAAAAGGUAUUCGUGAUGGUGAUUGGGUCUUUCUGGCCAACUGUCAUCUUUCCUUAAGUUGGAUGCCUAGCCUGGACAAAAUGAUAGAAAAUUUGCAGUCGCAGAAUGUGCAUCCUCGCUUUAGGCUCUGGCUGAGCUCUAGUCCCACCCCUGAUUUUCCCAUUCCCAUUUUGCAAGCUGGUCUGAAAAUGACCACAGAACCACCAAAGGGCCUGAGAGCAAACUUGAAGCGUUUGUACCAUGCCAUGACAGAUGCCAGCUUCACUGCUUGCACCAAUGCAGUGAAGUACAAGAAAUUACUUUUUGCGUUAUGCUUCUUCCACUCCAUUCUCAUUGAAAGAAAGAAGUUUCAACAGCUGGGCUGGAAUAUUAUUUACAGCUUCAAUGACUCAGACUUUGAGGUCUCAGGAAACCUCUUGACACUCUACCUUGAUGAGUAUGAAGAAACUCCUUGGGAUGCUUUGAAAUAUUUGAUUGCUGGGGUCUGUUAUGGUGGGCAUGUCACUGAUGAUUGGGAUCGCCGUCUUCUGCACACCUACAUCUCCCAAUUCUUCUCAGAUGACACAUUGGACGUCGCUUAUUUCCGCCUGUCAUCUUUAUCUGCAUACUACGUUCCAAGAGACGGGUCCUUGGCUUCUUAUCGCGAUUACAUUACAUUGUUACCAGCUGUAGAUUUGCCCCAGGCAUUUGGACAACAUCCAAAUGCCGACAUAACUGCUCUCAUUUCUGAAACCCGAAUUCUAACUGAGACACUUUCAUCUAUUCAAUCAUCGGCAUCAUCUGGAAAAGAAGGAGAAAAGAAAGAAGACAGGGUGUCCCAGUUAGCUGCCGACGUUUUAGUCAGAAUACCUGAGCCAAUAGACUACAUGAGAACGGAAAAUUUGAUUGGAGCUUCUAAAACCCCUCUUGAUGUUAUUCUCCUUCAGGAGAUAACAAGGUACAACAGCCUCCUUGUUGUUAUCAUAGAUUCAUUAAGAGAAUUGCAGAAAGCAAUCCGUGGAGAAGUUGUGAUGUCAUCACAAUUGGAGGAAAUACUUGAUUGCAUCUAUGAAGGGAGAGUCCCUUCCUCAUGGCUUAGAGCUUAUUCUUCAAUGAUGCCACUGGGAUCUUGGACCAGAGACUUAAUUUUAAGGGUGGAGCACUUUUCACAUUGGGCUGAAACUACUCAUCCCCCAGUAUUAUUUUGGCUUGCGGCUUUCACUUUCCCGACAGGCUUUCUCACAGCAGUCUUACAGACUUCAGCAAGAUCUUUAACAGUGUCCAUUGAUACACUUUGUUGGGAAUUCACUGUGCUUCAAAUGGAAGAAAAUAUAAUUGUUGCUGGACCGCAUGAGGGAGUUUAUAUUCGCUCCAUGUUCCUUGAGGGUGCUGGCUGGGAUAGAAAAACUUCAUCCUUGGUCGAGCCUUCACCCAUGCAGUUAAUCGUGAACAUGCCUGUGGUUCACUUUAAACCUGUGGAGACAUCUAAGAAGAAAACUAGAGGACUCUAUAGUUGCCCAUGCUACUAUAUACCCCAGCGAUGUGGUACCCAAGGCAAAGAGGCUUACAUUGUUACUGUGGACCUCAAAUCUGGAGCUGAGACUGCUGACCACUGGAUUAAGAGAGCUACUGCAUUACUUCUUAGCUUAUCUAUUUAAUUUGACUAACAUUUAUGUUUUCAUGUGUGAUUUUAUCAUCUAAUUACAUCCAUCACAUCAAUGUACAUUUUUCAU